GUAGAAGCUCUGAACUCGUGGCGCCAAUUUUGAACAUGUUCAAAAUUAGCUCUACGAGUUGACAACUCGUAGUAAACUCGAAGGACUCGUAGGUAACUCGUGGAGUACUCGGGGUACUCCUACCUAACUCGCCCACUACUCGGGAAACUCGUCGACGGUUUUGUCACCCACGAGUUUGAUGCGAGCACCCCGAAAUGAGUACGAGUUAAGUACGAGCGCACCGAGUUGGCUACGAUCACCAGGAGCAUUUGGUAGGACUUGAUUUCGUGAUACACGUGGCGUGUCAACACAACAACAAUAUGUCAGCAAAAAGAAGCAGAACUAAGAACAUAUCAAACAAAAUGAAGGAGAGAGGUAUACCAGAUGCUUCUGACACUGAUACGCAACUUGUGGUGGAGGUAGAUGUUCAUCAGGAAGAUACUAGUUACAUACAGGAGGACCUGGAUGUUCAGGACGAAGAGCACAGUAUGAAUCAAGACAACGAUGAAACUGCCUCGAGCCCUAGGAGCCCUAGCCCUCCGCCUUCAGCUGUAGAUACCUCAUCAGAGAGGCCUGAAGAUUCCAAAAAAAAAAAGAGGGAGCGGGCUUAUGCAUUCACCGAACAGGAAGAGGCGGCCAUCGGGGAAUGGUAUUGUGACAAUAGCUGUUUAUAUAACAAAAGACACAGGGACUUUAAAAAUGCUGACAAAAAGCGCCGUCUUAUGGAAGAGAAAGCCAAUUCAUUUGAUCCUCCAUGCACUUACAAGCAGUUGAAAAUGUUUUUAGACUCCAUGAGGUCCCAGGUGGGCAAGAUCACCAAACGAAAGUCUGGCCAAGGGACACAACUGAUGUCGGACCGUGAUGCAUGGGUAGUUCAAACCUUCGGCUUUCUGGAAAAACACAUUGUCCGGAUCCCAAGCAGGCCUACUGCUAAGUUCCCAGAUAUUAAGACAUCAGAUUCCAUGGCCAUACCCAGUGGUGGUGAUGAUGACGAUGAUGAGAAAGAGGAGGAGGAGGAUAAUCGUCAGGGAGAUGCUCCUCAUGCCAUGGAGACAGUUAGCACAGAUUCGAUCUCUGAUGAAGCUGGGACCAGGGGAAAGGUCAAGAACAAGAGCAGGCCAAAAUGCAAGGCUACUAAAACUAAAGAAUCUGAGGUGCUCGGCAAGUUACUGACCC